CGAGGCCGCCCGGCGGCGAGCUCGGCAGGUGGAAACUGCCCCUCCAAGGCCGGCCCGGGGCCCUGAGCAGGAGGGGGCUCGGCUAGGGGGAGCCGGGGCGGUGCCCAGAUGUGGCUGGGGUCCGGAUGAAAGAGCUUGAGCGCUGCGUCUCGGGGACAGCGGCAGCCACUGAAGGUCUACGAGCAUGGGGCGACAGGGCUGGGUUUGGUUUUUGAUCAGGUCGCUCCGGCUACAGGAUGGAGGUGGAAGGGGCAGAGCGCUCACCGUGUUUAACGGUCAUCUGGCACUUCCCGGGCGCCGCGCCAGAGGCCCGGAAACGGCUCACGCUGUACAUGAGCAGAGGCAGUAGCAGUGCGGUGGCAGACAGGGAGACCCGCGCGCCUUUUGUUAUCUUUCCUCCCGACUGGUGUGCGCUCUUCCCGCCAUAGACUCUGCCAUCAUUGUGUCUCGUACUCUGAACCUGGUGCAAGAUCUGCUCACGACUAUGAUGAGACUCUCUCUCCUAGGCUGAGCCCGUUUCUACAGCCAGGAGCCAAUGGCUGGGGACAGAGCCCAACCCUGUGAGCUGGACCAAGAGAAAUAUGAUGCUGAUGAAAACGUGAAGAUCAUCUGCCUGGGGGACAGUGCGGUGGGCAAGUCCAAACUCAUGGAGAGAUUUCUCAUGGAUGGAUUUCAACCACAGCAGCUAUCCACGUACGCCCUGACCCUGUACAAGCACACAGCGACGGUGGACGGCAAGACUAUCCUUGUGGACUUUUGGGACACAGCGGGCCAAGAGCGGUUCCAGAGCAUGCACGCUUCCUACUACCACAAGGCCCAUGCCUGCAUCAUGAAAUUUGGCCCAGUGGCCCUCCUGCUCAUCCUGUGCCUGUUGUGGUGCGAGGCUUGGACCGUGUGCUCCGUGGAGGGGCUGGGUGGUUAUGGGUACGGAGACCAGCCCCCAGCAGGCUGGCAGGUGUUUGACGUGCAGAGGAAAGUCACCUACAAGAACCUGGGGACGUGGUACACCGAGCUUCGGGAGUUCCGGCCGGAGAUCCCCUGCAUCGUGGUGGCCAAUAAAAUUGAUGACACGAAGGUGACCCAAAAAAGCUUCAAUUUUGCCAGGAAGUUCUCCCUGCCCCUGUACUUUGUCUCAGCCGCUGAUGGCACCAAUGUGGUAAAGCUCUUCAAUGAUGCAAUUCGAUUGGCUGUGUCUUACAAACAGAAUUCCCAGGACUUCAUGGAUGAGGUUUUGCAGGAGCUCGAGAACUUCGAAUUGGAGCAGAAAGAGAAGGAUCUGCCGGAGCAAGAGCCAUGCGGCAGCGAAAGCCCCGCUCCCUGCUGAACCUGGAAAGGGGCCACUCUCCUGCAGACUUCAGGAGAGAAACGUCUGCUGCUCCCUGUCAGUCUUCGUCUCCCUGAGCCAGACGGGGGUGAAGGAGAAGGAAGGGGAGGCCUGAGCCCCUCCGAAAUGCUCCUCCCUCCAGCUGUCCUGCAGACCACCUGCCUUUUGCCUCCCUGCCUCCAUCCCUGACACCUGACCCUUCCACAGUUGUCCCCUCCCCCAAACUCAAGGACAGGGAUGGGCUCCCUGGACCGCAGAGUCCUCUGAAGAAUUAAGGAUCAAUGUCCCAGGGCUGAGAGGGCAGAGAAUCGGGGAACGUGCCCCCAGGUCUCUGAAAUGAAAGGAAAUUAAGGUUUUUUCCUUCACAACUGAUCUCAGGGCCUAAUCCCUAAAUACCCUCACUUCCACCCCUGCAGAAUUCAAGAGGUCUCCAUCCUGUUUCGACAUGGUCUAGUACUGUUUAGUCUUCCAGGCAUCUUUAAAGAGUGAAUUUGGGUGGCAGCUCUUCACCUUGAAGGUUUUUGAGCACCUGGUUUUCAGGAGCACUCCUAGGUACAGUCAUUGCAUUUGGUGAACAGUUUGUAAAAGCAGUGACAUGUCACUAACCGUGUUUACUAACAGAAAAGCUAUUGUGGGUAAAUGUCAGGGGUUGGUACAGCCACACCCUGAAGUAGACCCUUUGGGAUGACAGAUUGACUUGAAGAAGAGCUCCCUCUAAGAUCCCCGUCUGAGCACAGGUCCCUUCCCUCGUGGGCAACCGCAGGCAGCCUGCCCACCGCAGCCCCCUCAAGGACUCAUGUGCCGGUUAUAUUUUUGUGGUAGUCUUGUGUAUCAUUUGUGUUUUCAUUUUGUCUUGACUGUUGCUUCCUUUUUUUUUAAAACAGUAAAAGUUGAAUUACAUGAAUGUUGAGUAUUUGUGCAAGCUUUAGGGUCUUAAAUGUGCUAAUAUAAAAGCCACAAAAGACUGCAGCUCACUAACUGUUAAGGAAGAGAACCUGCCUGGGUCUGUCAAGUUAACUAUCAAAGUGCUGAGACAAUUUGAAUGAGAUUUAGUGUUUGAACAGGAGUGAGUAUUAAUUUGGGAGCUCAAGAACAAACAAUUUUUCCUAUUUAAAUUAGUGAUAUUUAUAUUUUCCAUGGAAGAGAUUUCUCCUGACCAGGGGUUUUCAAGCAUACAUUACCUGGUGAGGGGGGCGAAAAAGGCUCUAAUUAUUGUAGAUGAGUAUAAUCACCUUUUUUUUUUUAAGAUAACAGCUCUUUUUUAAUUUUAGUGAGAUAUCCAUAUACCACACAAACCAUCCAGAGUGUACAAUCACUGGCUCACGUGUCAUCACAUAGUUGUGCAUUAA